AUGACUGAUAUAAAACACACUCCGCUUCCAGUGACAAAUCCGUCUGCUACGCCACUGUGCGGGACGAUCUCCAACAACGGAAUUCUCGGAGCACGGACGUGUGACAGUAGAUUACAGUUCAUAUGUGAGGCCAACCCUGUAGACUGCGCCGCCCUCCGUGACUGGCACCACUGCCUCUGGUUCAGCGAUGCCGACGACUCCUGGCCGAAUACAAGACUCACAUGUCACCAGUUUCACACCGACCUCGCCUCCUUCCCCAACCCAGCGGAGUCUUCCACACUGAGAACCAAGCUGCAAGCGGCUGGCGUUUACUGUGGGUGUGUGCAGCUGGGCGACAGCGGCCAUCUGGAGUGGGGGCUGGAUGACUGUACUUCAUCAAAGCCCUUCAUCUGUGAGAGAAAGGUCCAUAAAGUUGACCUCGAUACUGAAAGACCUCCCCAUCCUAAGAAACACAUAAGGUGCAGAAACAUGAAGAAGAUGGAUAAAGAAGCUUUCCGUCAAGACCUCAUGUCCUCAGAACUUUUACAGGCCCUGCCAUCUGACCCAGACCAAUACGCUGAACUUUACAACAAAGUACUUCUUGAGUUGCUUGAUCAUCAUGCUCCCGAGAAGGGAUCUGUACUGGGACCGGUCCUUUUCACACUAUACACAAAGGAUCUCGGGACUCUCAUUGACCAGUUUCAAGUCUCGCGACAGUUGUAUGCAGAUGACACCCAGCUUCAUAACCCUAACUUCAUAACGGACCACAUGGCAGAGUGUUGUGACCAGAUCAAGUCAUGGAUGUUCACCAACAAGCUGAAGCUAAAUGAGGACAAGACGGAGUGUCUUCUGGUAGGGACAACACCUCGCCGAGAGCAGACCAACAUCAAGUCGUUUCACUUUGGCGAAACCACUGUUCCACUAUCUAACAGUGUUAAGGACCUUGGCGUGACUGUUGAUCCAGAGCUGUCAUUGGACCAGCACAUUACCAUCUUGUGCAGGACAUGCUUCCUACUCCUCCGAAACAUUGGAAACAUUCGAAAGCUUCUCACAAAGGAGUCAGCUAUAAUCCUUGUUCUCUCAUUGGUGAUGACAAGACUAGAUUAUUGCAACAGCCUCUUUGCUGGUGCAACAAAAUCCCAGAUUGUUACCACUACGUCUGCCAUCAUCGUCACCGGAAGCCCGAAGUCAGCCAUCACUGCCGCCACCGGAAACCCGACGUCAUCCACCAUUGCCAACGGAUACCCGACGUCAGCCAUCACCGUCACUGGAGACCCGACGUCAGCUGGAGGUAACCCGCUUACGUUCCCGGCACACCUGACAAUGAGUACUGCGCAUCCACGGACAGAACACACUACUUCCAGCGUGCUUGAGGCUGUCGAGGUAGUUGACAGCACCACGGUGACCUCAGAGCUGCCGAUGCGCCCUCGUUCGCUGACUCGCCGCCGCCUGCCUGCGCACAUUCACUCCUUAUUGCCUGCGCAUGUCCGCACCCGUAGAUCCAGACGCUGUCAUUCUCACUUGUUCCACGUGAACGCUCAUGAAUGCUGUUACAACGAGGCGUUACUCCGCUGCACAGACUACCACCUCAUCCUCACGUGCACGCCGCCAUACCCGAGGUGCACAUCUGCGCCUCGUAGCGGGGUUACAUCGACCCGAGCUGUUGCGCAUGCUCAGACACUAACUACAACUUCCACUUCUUCAACAGCAACAGCAGCACGACAUGCACCUCCGCCAACCGGAAUACCGUCAGAUCCACGUCUAAAGGAGAUACAGUCCACCAUGCCAUCCAAAGAAACAGCAAAGAGAAGAAUGUCUUCGACCUUCCAGAGUCCUGCUCUCACGGAGAAUAUGGAUUUUGACCAUAACGAUAGUUUCGCACUGUGCAGCGAAUCGGAUCAGCCGUUGGAUUGCCUUAUGAAUCAUAUUCAAGAUGGCGAUCUCAAACCAGAAGUGACAUACCAAGCAUUGUUCAAGCUAUUCCUCCAUCUUCGUAUUGCCAUCACAAUGUCUCCGUCACAGCAAGCAAAGACGAACUUCGAGAACUUCUUUCGGAUACUGAACUUUUUCAUAGAGGGCAGCUACAGUAAGCACUGGCACAGAUACAACAUGAGCCUGUGUGACGUCAUAUCCAUUGUGGAGGUGUUCCUGAACAGCAACAUCAAGCACCUGCCCCUUCGCGACGUCAUCAGGAGGACGUACUCUCAUGUUGAAAUAUUGAUUAAGCGUGUUCCUAGAAAUGGUAUGAAGUACUUCCGGUACCAUGGCAAAAAUGGUCUUGGAAGCAUAACAAGUAUCCGCCCCACAGUGCCGCUCAGUACAUCAUUCAACGACGAUGUCGUCGUUGCUAUCGUACUGAUGAAGGUGCCAGUGCUGGACGCUGCACUCGUAGACAGCAACAGCAGUGGAUUGGUGCUCAGCCCAGUGUUGUCCCUGAUCGCCUACAGCAGGGAGCGACAUGUCAGUCUCACUCACACAUUCAACCUCCUACACACGAACAGCGCAGUUGAGCAGUUCCGCGAACAAGAGAAGGGAGGACAUGUCCUGCAGUGUGUGUUCUGGGAUAACAGUUCCAGUGCAUGGUCAACAUAUGGAUGCACUAUGACGUCAACAAACAACCUGACGUCACAGUGUCACUGCAACCACACCACCAACUUUGCCAUCCUGAUGCAGAUCAAUGAUUUCGAGCUAGCCGCUAGCGACAAGCUAGCUCUGGAGGUGAUCACAUACAUCGGCUGCAGUGUGGCGCUCAUCACUCAAGUGUUUGCCAUCACCAUCUACACGUUUGUCGGGUCCCUGAACUCUGAGCGAGUGUACAUGUAUGUUCACCGGAACCUGUGUAUCGCCAUUGUGUGUGCUCAGGUCACCUUCCUGGCGGGCAUCGACGCCGUACAACACAGGCUGGUGUGCGCGGCGGUGGCGCUGGUGCUGCACUACUGCUACACCGCCGUGUUCGUGUGGAUGCUGGUGGAGGGGCUGCAUCUCUACAGCAAGGUGGUCCAGGUGUUCGGCACCGAGCGCUCCCGCAUGAUCUACUACAUGACCUUCGGAUGGGGUGUACCGGUGAUCCUGGUGACGAUCUCCGCCGCGGCCGACUGGGAGGGGUACGGUACAGAGCACAGCUGCUGGCUGUCCACUAGUCGGAAAACCAUCUGGACAUUCGUUGGCCCAGCCCUCGCCAUCAUAAUAGUUAACAUGGUCAUCCUGGCUGCCGUCAUACGGAUCGUCAUAUCCUCGUCUAAACUUGAGAAACACGGCGAGUAUGACCACAUAAGGGCCGGCAUCAAGGGGGCGUUGUUUCUCCUCCCCCUCCUUGGACUAACGUGGGUGUUCGGGCUGGCUGCCGUCAACCAACGCCUCGUCGUCUUCCAGUACCUGUUUGCCAUCUUCAACUCCCUGCAAGGAUUUUUCAUCGCAAUGUUCCACUGUGCGUUCAACGGCGAGGCGAGUAUAAUGAUUUCUGAAACCUUGUCAGCAGCAGUGUGUUUAUAG